AAAAGGGUUGUUUCGUAUGAAGAUAGAGGUGGUAUAUGAGAGGCAGACGCAGAGGCAUCUUACAGAGAUGACGAUGAAAAUUGUUUUACGUUUGUGACGCGGAUAUUUGAAUCGGCCCUGGGAACCGUGUCAGCUGUAACGAUUAAGAAGAACGGGAGGCGUCGCCGUGAUCGAUGGCGUAUCCUACUAGUCCAUAUGAACAGAUGAGGCCUGCCAGGAACGUCACAUUUUACACAAGCUAUAGGAAAGGUGUGAAGUACCAGCGGCUGACUGCAGCACCCGAGAAACAGUGUAGUACGUUGUGUCCUGGGACAGCGCAGGCCUGACGCGUAACGACUACAGUAAGAGCGAAACAGAUGAAUACAUUGUGGUAUGCCUUGUUAACCUCGAAGCUAUUACUAUGAGUCAACGAGUGUCAUGGUUACGCAAGAGACUGCAUGGUGACGGUGAGGUUUUAUCUCAUUCUGUGAUCUGAACCUUAAGCAAAUGUGUUCAACACACCGCCGCUGCAUAAAAUGGACUCCGAUAAUAGCGUUGCUUCUUAUUCACAGCCCCUUCACCAUCUCUCAACAUCUCAUCACACAUCAGACUCCCAUGGGGACCGUUACGAGAGUCACUCCAUUCAGCCUUCGGGUCGCCAUGACAACCGGACACGUUGCUACAGCGACAUCUAUGAGCAUCGAAUCUGCAAAUGACAGCAAACCCACCUGGAUGGUUUCGUGUGAACCGAACGUCAUUCAAGCCCACAAAAGCUGACAUGACACUGAUAUUCCGGCUAACGGAUUAAUCACGUAGUUACCCAUGAGUAGUCAAACAGUGUAGUUUACACAUGAUGGUGUGGUAUUCUAGUGUUUUAUUUAUUUGUUUGUUUAUUUAACAUUUUUUAAAUUAUUGAUGUUAUUAAAAUAUUGAUCAAGACUGGUGAUAGAAAGGUAGAAAGUUGAUUUGUACACUAGAGGGCGUCCAUGGAUCAGAAGGUUUACAGAGUAAAGCGGGGGUAUGAUGAGGACCCAUCAUACCACCACUUAGCAUAAUGUAAAAGUGCUCGCUAAAAUCCUCGCCGUUCUCAAGUAAUGCCGAAAUACAAGAAUAAACUCUUCCUAAUUAUUUUACAUAUAAAAAUCAAAUCCGAUGAGGUUAUGUACAAAUAGCUGCUGCUACUUUUUUUUUCUUUUUUCCCCCCAGUUGUUUAAUGCCUAGGUAGCUAAUGGCCCAGUGCUAGCCCACACAUCAAUUUUUCAUCAAAUGAACUCAUGUUAAUGUGGGUCUCGGAACACCUCCGUACGCUGUGAUGAGACUGUGUUUCAGGCACGAUGUCAACUAGAACACUUUAACCGAGAUGCCACACACUCUCAGAAAGAUGGUAUUAAACUGUAUUGUAUCUUCCCGUGUCACAGGGCUGGUACCUUAUCAUUUGUACCACUAAUAUACUGUAUGCUAUAUGGCCAAAGGUAUCCAUUGCAGUCUUAUUGAACGAUGGGCACUAAUAUGGAUUUGGUCCACUUUUGCUGCUAUAACAGCUUCCACUCUUCUGGGAAGGCUUUCCACUAGAUUUUGGAGCGUGGCUGGAGGGAUUUCUGUCAAUUUGGCAAUGUUGUGCGAGAUGGUCUGGGGUGCAAUCGGUGUUCCAGUUCAACUCAAAGGUGUUCAGUGGGGUUGAGGUCAGGGAUCUGUCGAGGACACUCGAGUUCUUCCAGUCCAAACUUUGGUAAACCAUGUCUUCAUGGGGCUCGCUUUGUGCACGGGGACGUUGUGAUGCUGGAACAGGUUUGGGGAAGAACCACAUACAGUAUGGGUGUGAUGGGCAGGCAUCCAGAAACGUUUGGCCAUAGAGUGUCUAUCUUUCACAUGGAAAUAUGAACAGCCUUAGUCUACCUUUAAAAAGAUUUAAGGAGCAGAAUCAGACCUUAUAUACUGUAGUUACCUACUAUUGUAAAGCUUUAAAAAGGCACUAUUCUAAGUAAAAGACACAUACUAAAAGGGGCAAGGAGUGGUAAAUAGUUCACUUUUUCUUCUUCUUCUUCUUCUGGGCCAUUUUGGUCUAGUUUUUAAAGGCUACAAAAUAUUAAUAGUGAUACUGAUCAAUACUGAUUGAUAAUAAUGUAAAACAGUUAAGCUAACCCUCAUAAUCCAAAGCAUUCUUGGCCCAAAAUGAUCUGAUAUCUGGGUGUAGCCUACUACAAACGAUCGCAGACAUUUUAAUGGCUUCCACUACAAAUACCAUUACAAACCAUCAGCCGUUAACCAUUAUUACCAUUAUUGGUCCUUAAUGGUAUCCAUUAGAUAUAACAAACCAUUACAGUUUUCCAUCAAAACCAAUACAAUUCCCAUUAUAGCAUUCAAACCAGUACAAAUUCUCAGGUCUAUAAGGCAAGUGUUGUGAUUUUGGCAAACACGUUUAGCAUGAUGCUAAUUUGUGUUGUAAAUGAGACUAAAGAAGGGAAAGAAAUUUGGACACUAGAUAUCUUCUGGCUGCACUGUUUGGGUCCUAGUUUUCUGAAUAACAGACUGCCUUUGACAGACUUUCACAUGGACUUGACUUUGUAGGCUAAAUCUGGAUAUUUUAUUUGAUUUAUUUCCUUUUUCGUACAGGCACACGCUGUUCUCCUCAGACUCCACCACAGCUGUGAUGGCUGAGGAGAACGUGCCAUGGUGGAUUUGAUGGUGAAACCGUCAUUUAGCUGUGUAGACACACACACACACACAUGCGCGCGCGCCCGCACGCGCGCGCCCGCUCAAGUCUCUCAGAUUUGGCGGCAGCGCGAGCGCGUUGGAUCUACCAGCCACCAUUGGAACGACCACACGUCCUCCAAAAGACCCUCGUUUACGAUUAAGCACUGGUUUCGUUUCCUGAAUAAAAAAAGAAGAAGAAGAAGAAGAAGAAAACAGAAGGAUUUCUGUCGCUGCAGGAAAAUGAGAUGAAGUCGGGCGGGUUCUUGGCACGGAUGAGAUUUUUGAGGAGGAUGCGCGAGCGAGGAGGAAACGGGAACGGUAACGGCUCAGGGAUGUGUGAAGUCAAAAACGAAAAAGCGCUUUCCACGAGGUGAGGUCCGACUUACCACAGGAACGGAAAUGGUGUACGCUCUGCCGAUGGACGCCGCGAAGCCGUCUCUGCACACGGCGCUCAUGACAUACCUGAUGCCGAACAAUUCGGAGAGGGACAACGCGUCGAGACUCGCAGCCAGUUCACCCACGCCCGUCUGCAAUCUGGACACGUCCUCGCUCCAACCAAACAGCAGCCGGGUGUCCUACGAGCUCACUCCAGCGGAAGUGACCGUUCUCGGGCUGAUCUUUGGCGUCUUUUGGCUAGUCUCGGUUCUAGGGAAUGCUUUGGUGUGUCUGGUGAUACACCGCAGCCGCAGGACUCAGUCGACCACCAAUUACUUUGUGGUGUCGAUGGCUUGUGCCGAUUUGCUCUUGAGCCUGGGCUGCGCUCCGUUCGUUCUGCUCCAGGUCUCGUCCGGGUAUUGGCCCCUGAGCGCGGCGGCCUGCAGGGCCGUGCGGUACAUCCAGCACUUGUGUCCUGGUGUGCAGGUCUACGUGCUCCUCUCCAUCUGUGUGGAUCGCUUCUACACGAUCGUGUAUCCACUGAGCUUCAAAGUGUCUCGGGAGAAGGCGAAACGCAUGAUCCUGGCUUCUUGGCUCUUCGACGCGGCGUUCGUCUCCCCGUGCCUCUUUUUCUAUGGAUCUUCCUCGGCAGUCGCGCAGAGACACUGCGAAUUUUUCCUUCCGGGAUCUUGGGAUGGUCUGGCCUACGCUCUGAUUCACCUCCUGUUCGGGUUCCUGGUCCCAGCACUUCUCAUCUUAUCCUUCUACCAGAGGGUAGUGCGCUACAUCUGGCGGAUUAGCGCGGACAGACGCACGGUGCGCAGGACUAUGAACAUCGUGCCCAGAACGAAAGUCAAAACCAUCAAGAUGUUCCUGAUGCUCAACACUGUGUUCCUCCUCACAUGGAUGCCUUUUUACGUAGCACAGCUUUGGCAUCCCGAUAUAUCUGCUGGGCCCAGCAGGCAGGGGGCGCUGUUCUUUGUCGCAAUCACGUGGAUGUCGUUCAGCUCCACCGCUUCGAAGCCAACGCUCUACUCGGUGUACAACGCCAAUUUCAGACGAGGGAUGAGAGAGACGUUCUGCAUGUCGUCCAUGAAGUGCUACCGGAGCAACGCGUACACCAUCACCGCAAGUUCACGGAUAGCCAAGAAAAACUACGUGGGCGUCGUAGACUUGCCUGCGCCGCCAAAAACUCUGAUCAAAGAUUCCGUUUAUGACACUUUCGACCGAGACGCCAAAGAGAAAAAACUGGCAUGGCCUAUAAGCGUCAACCCACCGAACACGUUCGUAUAGAACGGCGCGGUGACAAGUCCGUCCAAACGUACUCAAAGGUGCUCGGGUUCACUUUGUUUUGGAAACACACCUAGCAUCGAGCACCGAAAGUGCUAUACCUAUUGUCAAUCUAACCGAACCUGACAAGCAGGACAUGACAAAAGCAAAAAAAAAAAAAAAGGUGAACUGACAGUAGCCGGGCGUCUAGCUCACGUGUUCACGAGGAGAAGCGCUUUCGUCUUAUUUCUGUCUGUAAUAUGUCACGUAAUGUUCGAUUCCUGUAUGUUGUUUUUCUCGUGAUCAUAAAUGUCGUGAUGCAGGUCGGAAGACGCUCACUGAGACGAAGGACCCGCGAGUCUGUCUUAUCUCCAUGUCCGUGCAGUCUAGAUCUGUCCUGCGGGUUCGUGUGAGGAACGUCGUCUACACCGCAGUCGACGGACGGGCUUUCUACUGACGCUUUCGUUUCUUACCAUCGAGUGUUACUUUCUGUAGGGAUCACGUCCUUUUCCAGCAAACUGUCCAAAACUGUACUGCAUUAAACAAUGAUGAGCGAAGAAGACGAAUAAAAAGGAAUCUGUUACAUAUCAAAUGCAGGCUCAAUUUCUUCAUGUGAUCGCCGUAGAGCAGACGGCGUGAUUUCCGCUUUUUUUAUUUAUUUAUUUUUUUUUAUUAUGGACGGCAAACGAGCGUUAGAAAGACGCGGAUCCGUUUACACGACGACGGUUUGACAGGAGACCUGCAAGCGAAAGACGUCGACUCUUUCACUGUAGAAUCGUAUCGUCGUUACGCGAGACAUAAAUAAAAACAGGUAAAACAUCCGUUAACUACGGAGGCUCGGAAAAAGCCACGAGGUUCCUUUCCUCAUGAUCAGAAUCGAAACGCACGAUUAGACGUCCAUGUCCAAGCAUGUCCGUUUCGACUUUAAUCGGCGCUCGGCGAUUUCCGUUUUUAAAAGUCUAUACAUUCAGGUUGCAGCCGUGUUCCGUAUAAUACGACGUUUAUACGUCGUACAUAUGGGGAUAUUCCCGUAUACGCGGUUGUUGUAAGUACGCCCGAGAUACCAAGCCGUCAGCACCCACGAUUCCUCGCGGACCGAGCACGUCCAUCCGUUCAGUGGAGUUUCUGAAUACGGUGUUUACGUGCACCACAUUUCUGAUUAAAAACGGGCACGUUCCAGGGGUGGAAAUCAGGAUUUGGCGAAUCAGAAUCUGAAUCGGUCACUCGGAUUGCGACUCGAUACUAAUCGGAAUAUUUCCAAAUUGCGAUUAAUAACGGAAUAUCGAUGUGAUCCUGAACAGUUUCAUUACCAGAUAACUUAAGGGGCGUCGCCACGACAUCU